AUGGCACAGCUGAGCUUCAUCCUGCUGCUCGCCUCUCUCCCGAUCCUUUUCCCGCCGGUGAAGCCCUCAGACCUCUCCCCUCCCGCCCCCAGCAUCUCGGUGACACCGGCCAAGGCGCGUUUCCUGGUGGGCGAUGCCGUGUCCAUCUCCUGCGCCGCGCCGGCGCCACCCGGCACCGACCGCAUCCAGGCCUUCCGCUUCACCGGCACCUCGGGCUGGGCCAGCGACGUCCGUACGUCCCGCCGGACGUCUGUCCACACCUUCACCGUCACCGGGCCCCGCGACGGCGGCUUCCACACCUGCUCCUACAGCGUCGUCCGGCGCGGUGGCCGUGUCCUCCACUCGCCUCCCAGCCGGGCUGUAUUCGUCAACAUCCGAGACCGCCCGACCCAACCCAACCUGACGGUGACACCCUCGGGCCUCAUGCAAGGGCAGCCCCUCCUCUUCCUCUGCAUGGCCCCGCCCAGCAAAGCCCCUCGGCGCCACUUCCGCUUCCUCCGGGAUGAGCUCGAGGUCUCCGAGGGCAUCGUGGAAAGUUCUGGAAGCGCCCGGCUGAGGGUGGAGAGGAGCGGCCAGAACCAGACCGGGAACUUCAGCUGCAGCUAUGAGGAGAUGACCGAGGGGCGCUGGAUUGCCUCCUACCCCAGCCAGGCCGUGGCAGUGGUGGUGGAAGACCCUUGUCCGCCCCCCGUGCUUUGGGUGGAGCCUCCGUCUGGCGUGGUCACCGCGGGUCAGCGGCUGCGCCUGACCUGUUCCGCGAGCCGACGUCACUUCCGGCGCCGCUUCCGCUUCUUCCGCGAUGGCGUGGAGCUGACUCCGGGUGACCUCAUCGAUGACGUCAUCAGUGACGUCACUGGUGAUGGGUCCCAGCUGGUGUUCCCGCAGAUUUCGCCUGAAUUUUCCGGGAAUUUCAGCUGCCGGCUGGAGGAGGAGGUGGGCGGGGCCUGGGUGGAGGCUCCGCCCAGUGAAGGCGUGGCCGUGGUGGUCAUGG